AUGAGCCUCCCUUACAGCUUGGUGACGGUGGAGGAGCUGUACGGCGCAAGCUCCUCCCCGGUGUCUCUGGACUCCAAUGUUUUCUUCAGCGAUUCAACAGCGUCCUGCAUCAGAGACCCGCUCGACUUCUUCAUAAUCAACGUCGGGGGAAGUCGCUACGUGCUGUCGCAGGAGCUGCUGGAGUCCUACCCUGAGACUCGGCUGGGGAAACUGGCCCGCUGCAGCCGAGACUCGGUGCUGGAGCUCUGCGACGACGCAGACUUCCUUGAGAACGAGUUAUUUUUCGAUAGAAACUCACAGACCUUCCAGUAUGUGAUGAACUACUACAAGACGGGUCACCUGCACGUGAGGGAGGAGCUGUGUGAGAUUUCCUUUCUGCAGGAGAUCGAGUACUGGGGGAUCGACGAGCUCCGCAUCGACUCCUGCUGCCGCGAGCGUUACUACCGGCGUAAGGAGCUAAAGGAGACCUUCGACAUGCAGCAAGAAUUUGAGCCCAAGGACAGCGAUGAGGACUUUGUGGAUGCAGCGUUCCCGGCUCUCCGUCGCCGCCUGUGGGACCUGCUCGAGAAACCCGAAUCAUCCCGCGCUGCUCGCACCUUCGGCUCGCUCUCAAUCUUCUUUGUGGUGAUGUCAGUCAUCAACAUGGUGCUCAUCUCGCUAGACUUAGGCGAGGAGUUUGGUGAGAGCGAUGUUGGUAUUGGUGCACCGCUGCUGUUCGAUGCCCUGGAGUACGUGUGCGUGGUGUGGUUCACAUGCGAGCUGGCACUUCGGUUUCUCUGCGUGAGGGAUAAGUGUCGCUUCAGUCGAAGUAUUCCCAACGUGAUCGACCUGCUGGCCAUCCUGCCGUUCUAUGUGACGCUAGCGGUGGAGAACCUCUACGGAGAAUCCACAGAGCUGGAGAACAUGGGCCGAGUGGUGCAGGUCCUCCGACUCCUCAGGUCGCUCCGCAUGUUGAAGCUGGGACGACACUUGACAGGCCUCAAGUCUCUGGGUUUGACCAUCGCUCAGUGCUACGAGGAGGUUGGCCUCCUGCUCCUCUUCCUCGGUGUCGGCAUUUCCAUCUUCGCGGCGGCGGUCUUCACUCUGGAGCAUGACGUUCCCAGCACCAGCUUCACCAGCGUGCCGGUCGCUUGGUGGUGGGCGACAACCUCCAUGACCACGGUCGGGUACGGAGACAUCCAGCCUGACACAGCCGUGGGGAAGGUGCUGGCCUUCCUCUGCAUCCUGUCAGGGAUCCUGAUCCUGGCGCUCCCCAUCGCCAUUAUCAACGAGCGCUUCUCUGCCUGUUACUUCACCCUGAGGAUUAAGGAGGCGGCGAUGCGGCACGGCGAGAUGCUGAAGAGGCUUGCCCAUGGCUCGGUAGGGGGGGUAGGAGUAGGAGGAGGCUUGAAUCUGAGGGAUGCCUAUGCCCGGAGCGUCCUGGAGAUGUUGAGGCUGCAUGGGCAAGAGAGGGCGAGCACCCGGAGCAGCGGAGGAGAGGAACUGAGGUGGUAG